GCUGGGCGAAUAACAGGGCUGUCGCUCGCAGGGCGCUGGGCGGGGCCAGGCACAAAGGGGGCUGGGCGGUGCACCCUGCGCAGCCCCAGGGUAAAGUCGAGCGGUGCAGCUACCCUGAGCUGUUCCCGAGCCUGUUCCUGUUGCCUUGCCCCCUGGAUGCUCCCACGGCCCAGCCUGUCCCUUCUGCCUCGAUUCUGCUCCUUCCUCCCCUUCGCCACCAUGAGCAGCAAAACCAGCACCUUCCACUUGCAGCAACCACUCAACUACCGGGCUGGGGCCCGAAUUCAGCCUGUGGAUGGAAGCCACAGUGAGGAAGUGUAUGAGCCAGCAACAGGUCGAGUGAUGGGCAAGUUUCUAUUCUCUGGGGAGAAGGAGGUGGAUCUGGCUGUGCAGAGUGCCAAAGCUGCCUUUAAGAUAUGGAGCCAGAAAUCGGGCAUGGAGCGGAGCAGGGUUCUGCUGGAGGCUGCCAGGAUUAUCCGGGAACAGAGGGAAGAAAUUGCCACCAUGGAAACCAUCAAUAAUGGGAAAUCCAUCUUCGAAGCCAGAGUGGAUGUUGACAUAUCUUGGCAGUGCUUGGAGUAUUAUGCAGGUUUAGCGGGGGCUAUAGCAGGUCAGCACGUCCAGCUUCCUGGGGGAUCCUUUGCUUACACCCGAAGAGAGGCGCUUGGGGUAUGUGUUGGGAUCGGAGCCUGGAACUACCCCUUCCAGAUUGCCUGUUGGAAGUCUGCCCCAGCCUUGGCUUGUGGUAACGCCAUGAUCUACAAGCCAUCUCCCCUCACCCCCAUCUCAGUGGUAAUGCUGGCAGAGAUCUUCACCCAGGCCGGUGUGCCCAAUGGGCUAUUCAACGUGGUGCAAGGGGGAGCUGCCACUGGCCAGUUUCUGUGCCAGCACCGGGAUGUGGCCAAAGUCUCUUUUACUGGGAGUGUACCAACUGGUAUCAAGAUCAUGGAGAUGUCAGCCAAAGGGAUCAAACCAGUCACCCUGGAGCUGGGGGGCAAGUCCCCCCUCAUCAUAUUCUCUGACAGCGUCCUAGAGAAUGCCGUGAAUGGAGCCCUGAUGGCCAACUUUCUCACGCAGGGCGAGGUUUGCUGCAAUGGCACUCGAGUGUUUGUGCAGAGGGAGAUCCUGGAGGCCUUCACGGAGGAAGUGGUGAAACGCACCCAGAAGAUUAAAAUUGGAGAUCCACUUCUGGAAGACACAAGGAUGGGGGCCCUCAUCAGCCGCCCCCACCUGGAGCGAGUCCUGGGGUUCAUUACUCAGGCGAAGGAGCAGGGGGCAAGGGUGCUGUGUGGUGGGGAGCUGUAUGUUCCUGAUGACCUCAAGCUGAAGAAUGGCUACUACAUGCGACCCUGCGUGCUAGGGGACUGCAGAGAUGACAUGACGUGUGUGAAAGAGGAGAUCUUUGGGCCUGUCAUGUCCAUCCUACCAUUUGACACUGAGGAGGAGGUCCUGGAGAGAGCCAAUAACACCACCUUUGGGCUGGCAGGUGGUGUUUUUACCAGGGAUAUCCAGCGGGCUCACAGGGUGGUGGCUGCUCUCCAGGCUGGAAUGUGCUUCAUUAACAACUAUAACAUCAGCCCUGUGGAGCUGCCCUUUGGAGGAUACAAGAUGUCUGGGUUCGGCAGAGAGAACGGCCGGGCAGCAAUGGAGUAUUACUCGCAGCUGAAAACAGUCUGUGUGGAGAUGGGUGAUGUGGAAUCUGUGUUCUGAUGGCAUGGGCCUCGCAGAAGAGCAACAGGCUGUCCCACUCAGUCAGCCAGAGAUUUCUACUAGAACUUCUAGAUGACCCUAACAAAGUGCUCUGAAUGUCCUGUGCAAAUGGGGGAAGCUGGGGUGGGGUAGUGUGCUGCAAUCCUAUGCAUUUGGGGGGGGCUGGGACACAAACAGUUGGGGUUCAGGUUUGAGUGUCCCAUUCUCCACAAUCUGCCUGGGGGGCCUAGGACUAAAAUCAGAUUAAGUGACCUUGAUUCAUCGCAAGCAACUGUUGCUACUGAAGUUAGUGCCAGUAGACACAGCAGCUGUUUAGUGUAACAAUUUCUGAUUAACUACUGAGUCAUGCUCUUACAGUUCAUUGUGCAUGGAGAAAACCUACAGUGAUGCUAUAGUCUCUGUAGCCAGAGGUUUCCUUCAUUCACAUGGAGCUGUAUGAGAGCCUUGGUAGAAGCAUGACGGACUUCUCCUCCUAGACCAUUUCUGAACAGCAAUGCCCUUAUCCUAAACUAUUUCAGCAUAGAGGGGCGUUAAAACACUGUUUGGCCAUCUCUAUAUGGGAAUGGUUGCUGACAGAGGCUUGGUUGGGUCUUUUUCCAAAUAUAGCUCAUUGUGCAGUGAGGACAGCAGUGUAUAACGGCAUCCACCUGCAGCUAUGGAAUAGUGCUAGCGCUCUACCCUAGAAUCACCUAGGGGUAGUUGCUGGUUUAGUGAAAGUUAUUUUGUUAUCCCCCAGGGCACCAACAAUUAGGCAAGCUGUUCUUUAUGUACACAUGCAAUUGGAGUAAGUGUUUUAUACUCCUUUAUUUUAGCAAUCAAAUAAAAGUGCUGGUAUAUGGCCUUAUCUGAAAGAUCUGUGUGUGGAAGAAUGGGAGCUGUAGCUUGAAGUGCUGGCUUCCCCUGGGAGAAGACUGUUAGUAUUGUAGCAGUCAGUACAAGGGUCACUUGCAAUGCAGUUAAAGAAAUCCUGCCAGCUGUUUUAGAGAGGAGCUACAGCUCUCAAAUGUGGGGUAGAGGACUAGUAUGUGAGCAGGGAACGAGCAUUGAGCAGGCUCAAGCCAUCCAGCUUGGAGUUUAGCAAAGUUAACUCAUAAGAGUACCAUCUACAGCAGAGCUACAGCCUAGAUCACUCGCUGCAUAAAGGACUUAGAGGGCAACAAGAUCUUUAAAUCAAGUGUAGUAUCAAAGGGAAAGGCUCAGAAGGGCACUGCCAAGUGCAAAACUGCCUCCUGUGGCUCUUUCAAGAGAUGAGUUUCUGUUACUCCUCCAGAAAGGUGGCGAUGUACAAUGCAGUUAGCACGGUGUUCAGUUCUAGGACAUCAGCAAGCUAGUGCUGCACUGGCAGCUGUUGAGAGCAGACUGCACCCACCCGUAGAGAGACUGACUGUGGAAGAAUUAAAAAGCUGUAUAUGGCUAACUUAGCUAAACAGGAGUAGGUAAAGAGAUUAACAACACUGAGGCAUUGAGCAUAAGGAACAAAAGGGUGAAAUUAAGGAUAACUGGAGUUUUGCCUGUUCAAAAGUUAGUGCACAAUACUGAAUUGU